AUGCAAGAGUACACGGAAAAGCCAGCAAGCGGUGCUGAAUCACAAUUUCAGCCUGGUCACCGGAUCCCAAUCCAGCACCAGAAAAAGCCUGGGCUACAGGCGGAACUGGAGGAUCCCAAGCCUGCGUCAACCCGCAUACCGACCGACGACAAUGGAUACCAGACGUAUAAGGCAGCCGGGAAACUCGCCGGAAAGAGAGCUAUCAUUACGGGUGGCGACUCUGGGAUUGGUCGCGCUGUUGCCAUACUAUUUGCCAUGGAAGGUGCAUCUAGCCUAAUCGUAUAUCUGCCCGAGGAAGAGAGAGAUGCUCAAGAAACAAAGAGAAGAGUGCAGGAAGCUGGGAAAGAAUGUCACUGCCUGGCAGUAGAUCUUCGGAAAAAAGAAAACUGCCAGAAAGUGGUCGACGUCGCCCUUCAGUGUUUGGGAGGAAUUGACAUUCUGGUGAACAACGCUGCGUUCCAGAACAUGGUCCAAGACAUCAGCGAGCUAGAUGAGUAUGCUCUGAUUCCCCAAGAUAGCGUUUUGAGGGCCCAAUGGGAACGCACCUUUGACACGAACAUCCAUCCUUUCUUUUAUCUGUCGAAGUAUAGUCUACCACAUAUGCGAAGUGGCUCGACGAUCAUCAACUGUGCAUCCGUUAAUCAUUAUAUUGGCCGAUCUGACCUCCUUGACUAUACAUCUACAAAGGGCGCAAUCGUUGCGUUCACUCGAGCAUUGUCCAACCAACAAAUUGGAAAAGGAAUUCGAGUCAAUUGCGUGUGCCCUGGUCCAAUCUGGACUCCCUUGAUCCCAUCAACCAUGAAUACCUCUGCAAUGGAACAAUUCAGCUCCGUGCCAAUGGGUCGCCCGGGCCAACCUAGCGAGGUUGCAACAUGCUUUGUUUUCCUUGCAAGUCAUGACAGCAGCUACAUUUCGGGGCAAAGCCUGCACCCCAAUGGCGGUGUCAUGGUCAACGGCUAA